AUGUCCGCCACGAUAGCUCGCACUGAGGAACAUUCCAGCACGGUCGAAUUGAAAGAUGACACCGUCAUUGUCGUACUAGGUGCCUCUGGUGAUCUGGCAAAGAAGAAGACUUUCCCCGCUCUUUUUGGCCUCUUCCGCAACAAGUUCCUUCCCAAAGGAAUCAAGAUCGUCGGAUAUGCCCGAACACAGAUGGACCACAAUGAAUACCUCCGACGAGUGCGCUCAUAUAUCAAGACCCCGACGAAGGAGAUUGAAGAGCAGCUAAACAGCUUCUGCGAGCUUUGCACCUACGUUAGCGGUCAAUAUGACCAGGACGAGUCCUUCAUCAACCUCACAAAGCACCUCGAAGAGAUCGAGUCGGGUCACAAGGAACAGAACAGAAUCUUCUACAUGGCGCUUCCCCCUAGCGUCUUCAUCACAGUGUCAGAUCAAUUAAAGCGCAACUGCUACCCCAAGAAUGGCAUUGCUCGUAUCAUUGUCGAGAAGCCUUUCGGAAAGGACCUUCAGAGCUCCCGCGACCUCCAGAAGGCUCUCGAGCCCAACUGGAAGGAGGAGGAGAUCUUCCGUAUCGAUCACUACCUUGGCAAGGAGAUGGUUAAGAACAUUUUGAUUAUGCGCUUUGGCAACGAGUUCUUCAAUGCUACCUGGAACCGUCACCACAUUGACAACGUUCAGAUCACAUUCAAGGAGCCUUUCGGCACGGAAGGGCGUGGAGGUUACUUUGACGAAUUCGGUAUCAUCCGUGACGUUAUGCAGAACCACCUUUUGCAAGUCCUGACAUUACUCGCUAUGGAACGUCCCAUCUCUUUCUCCGCCGAAGACAUCCGUGAUGAGAAGGUGCGAGUUCUCCGCGCUAUGGACCCUAUCGAACCCAAGAACGUCAUUAUCGGUCAGUACGGCAGAUCCUUGGACGGCAGCAAGCCUGCGUACAAGGAGGACGAUACCGUUCCUCAGGACUCCCGCUGCCCCACGUUCUGCGCCAUGGUUGCUUUCAUCAAGAACGAACGAUGGGAUGGUGUUCCUUUCAUCUUGAAGGCCGGCAAAGCCUUGAACGAGCAGAAGACCGAAAUUCGUAUUCAGUUCCGCGAUGUUACCUCGGGCAUCUUCAAGGACAUUCCUCGCAACGAACUCGUUAUCCGAGUUCAGCCCAACGAGUCGGUUUACAUCAAGAUGAACUCGAAGCUCCCCGGACUCUCCAUGCAGACUGUUGUCACUGAGCUGGAUCUCACCUACCGUCGCCGCUUCUCCGACCUCAAGAUCCCCGAGGCCUACGAGUCCCUGAUCCUGGAUGCCCUGAAGGGUGACCACUCCAACUUUGUCCGUGACGAUGAGCUCGACGCUAGCUGGAAGAUGUUCACCCCUCUGCUCCACUACCUCGACGACAACAAGGAGAUUAUUCCUAUGGAAUACCCCUAUGGCUCCCGGGGACCUGCUGUUCUCGAUGACUUCACCGCGUCGUUCGGCUACAAAUUCAGCGAUGCUGCAGGCUACCAGUGGCCCUUGACAAACACCACGCCCAACCGGCUGUAG